GAAAAAGCUUUGCAGAAGGUUUGCCAAGAGGGGAGGAGAGUCAACUGGCUGUGGAAAGAGAAACCAAAUACUCCAAAGUAAUCUUCCCUUCCCCACCUCCCGAUCCCCGGCCCUAUAAAACGCUCCCCAUCCACCCUCCCACUUGGAGGCUUUCAUUGCAAGGGACCAAGGUUGAGCCGGCCUGCCUCACCCGCACAUCUGACAGAAGACGGACACGCAAAAACACACACCCGCACACCCGCUCGCCAUGACCAGCAGCGAACUGACCGAGCUGGAGAAGGCCAUCGACAAAAUUGUCGACAUCUUUUUCACGUACUCCGUCCGUGAAGGCAACCAAGCCACGCUCACCACCGGCGAGUUUAAAGAAUUGGUCAACAUCCAAUUGCCCAACCUUAUGAAGAACGUCGGGGACCUGGACGAGAAGAUGAAAACCUUGGACGUCAACCGCGACCAGGAGCUGAAAUUCGGAGAAUACUGGCGGCUGAUUGGCGAACUGGCCAAGGAGAUCAAGAAAGAAAAAGUGGGGAAGAAGAAAUGAUGGAGUUGUGGAGUGUGGAUUUGUGCGUAGAGGAGAAACAACCGGGACCAGGAAACCAUCCAGUUGCGUGUCGGCGGGAGGACAACAAGACAUCAAAAGUCAUCAAGUCUCUUUCGCAGCUUUUUAAAAUUCAAAUAAAUCAAAUAAAUUCCAAA